AUGGGUUCUACCUCCACCACGGGUGGGGCACAAUACCUAAGCUUUGACAUUGCGUCAUCCCUCCCCGAACCGCUGACCAAUUUCGCCCCCCUUUCCUCUGUGCACAGCAAAGAGGGUAGCCGACACAACAACUACCUCCCUCAGCAUCGACCCAACAUUCCUGUGCCCCAAGAGCCCCAGUACGCCCUGAAUUUGUUCACCUCUACUACUGAAGCACAGGGCGCCAUUCGGGGAGCCCUUGGCCUGCGGAAGACCCAGACUGUGCACCAGUCCAUUGCCCGAAUGGGCAAGAUUUUGGAUGACAUUGAUAAUGCUAUGGCACCUAAGUGA